AUGGAAUCGGAGACUAAGGAUCAUGUUGAAAUCCCCAUAAUUGACACAGAUGAGCCUCUGCUUUCUGUGAUCCCGAAGCUCUCCCACUUUAUUAGUACAGCCAUUGGCGAUAUCGCAUUCUCAUUUGAACAGAUGCGACAUGAGUCUCGAGGGCAUCGUCUCAGGCAGCUAGUACAUGCCUUGGCAGAAGAUAGCCAUAAUCCAUUUAUCAUCAUCGCCUUGAUGAUUCUAAAAUGGGAGUUUUCAAAUGCAGCUGAGGAUGAUUGGGGUCUUAAUGAGAGCCGCGGCUAUGCCUGCGAAUUUGUCGCUUGGCAAUUUCUGUGCCAUCUCAACCAACAUGAAACCAUUGAGUUCCUUCUGGAGGAGCUCCCGAACCCUCGGCGUAAUUCCGCAAAUCCAUUUGAAACAGGGUACAACUCGGGAUAUUCAUCCUCCGGAGAUAGGGAAUCGGCGCCGCUAUUACCAGGCGAUUCAAUCUCAUCACGGAACUCCGACCUUGGUAAGCAGAGCUCAUUAAACCGUAUAGGUUUCGGAUAUUCAAGUAUUCAAACUGCACAACCGCAAGAUUAUGACCUCUCAAGAUAUUCUCGAUUUGCCGGGUUAAAUGCACUGGAGGUUGCGGGUAUCGCCAAGGCCAUGAGGUUUCUAAGCCAAAAGGUUGUCCAGCGGGUGGUCAACGAUAUUUGGCGCGGAGAGAUUGUGUUCUGGGACUCACUUACCGUUCAUUCGACCAAAAAGCCGCAUAUAUUCAACCGAAAAACUGCAGAUCCGUACUCACGCUUGCGGGUACCUCUUUACCGAAAGAUGUUCGAAGCAGGCUUCUUCCUUUCCUUCUUGUUUCUCUACUAUGCCGUUCUUGUGGAGAGAAAGGAAACAGGGAUUGGGUUUUUUGAAGCUUUCUUGGACGUUUGGAUUGCCGCGUUUGCCUAUGAUGAGCUGAGUGGAAUUGUGGAUGCUGGGGUGCUAUUCUACCAGAUGGAUUUCUGGAGCCUUUGGAAUAUGGGCAUCAUUGGAGUAGGAUUUGCAUUUAUCAUUGCUAGUAAGCUGAACAACCCCCCUGGCCUCAAAUUCUGCCUUGCGAUGAUUGAGCCACUGCGAGUGAAAAGAAACGAAAAAGCUGAUGGGAGACAAUCAGGGGUGAUUGGGCUGGCCAAGAGCGAUAGUAUGAUACUCGACAUCUCAUUCGAUAUUCUCUCGCUUGAGGCCUUGUUUUUAGUACCUCGCAUCUGUUCACUCGUUAGCUUGAACUCCUACUUCGGUAGUCUAAUCCGUGCUAAUGUUAGCCCGGACCAGAUCCCCGUAUUGAAAGAGAUGACCAAAGCUUUUUUCCGGUUUUUACCUGUGGUCGUGGUUUUGUAUAUUGGGUUCCUUACCACGUUUACCAUGCUGGCCCGUGACCGCCUCUCUCUCAAAGAAAUGUCGUGGCUGCUAGUGAAAGUGUUCUUUGGGUAUGCGGUGAAGGAAAUCCUCUUGAAUACGCCGGUGGUAGCAUGUCCGACCAUUGGCAAAAUGAUCUCCCCGAUCUUCGGCUACGGUUUGAUGUUGAUUUUCGUGUCCAUGACCAACAUCCUGCUCCUAUCAUCGCUGAUUAGUUUGAUGAGCAUGAGUCUCGAAGGGGUCAUGCUACAUGCACGCGAGGAGUACCUUUUCCAAUUAUCCAUCUAUGUGUUGGAGAGUAGCAAUUCGCGACGUUUGACGUAUUUCAUGCCACCCUUGAACUUGAUUCCUCUCCUGUGCAUUCGUCCCCUGCGACUUUUCCUAUCGGCAGGAACCGUUCGUCGCGUGCGCAUCGUCCUGCUGCGCGCGACACAUCUUCCAUUUGUCAUGCUCCUCUGGGCCUACGAGUCUAGCCGACGGCCUCUCCGCCAACCAACUACCACCUGCCUUCCUCCAGUCUCCACAGGACGAAGCCCUGGGACUUCUCCGCGCGAACUGAGUCGCACUCAAUGUCAGAGUCCGCAGCAACCUUCCGUCGUAGACACAUAUCGUAUGGGUACCGGGCCGGAGCGGCCUCGUGUGGAUCAUUCCAAAGUAGGCGAAUCAAGCCUAGCACCACCGGGGGAACAAAUACAACUCAUCGAGAUCCUGAACGCUGUGGAACAGCUUCGAGCACAAAUGGAGCGCGUCGCCACUGGAACCACCGGACUCGCAACAACAUCGCAGGGCUGA